GAAGAUAAACACAACAGAAAAGUAGCACAGCCGCUGUUGACGUUGCAUUCACCUGAAUUGAGCGUGUUAAUGUUUGUGAAACACAGCGUUGCAUGUCGACUUCAUUUAACUGAGUUGCAUUUUAUUGAUGCUACAUUGUUAAAGGACAAGCUAAUGGUCGUGACAACAUGGACAGUGGCCUGAGUCCCCAGGAUAAAAAAGACUUGGACAAGUUCAUCAAGUUCUUUGCUUUGAAGACUGUCCAGGUGAUUGUCCAAGCUCGGCUUGGAGAGAAAAUAUGCACUCGUUCUUCCUCGUCACCCACUGGCUCUGAUUGGUUUAAUUUGGCCAUCAAAGACAUCCCAGAGGUGACUCAUGAGGCCAAGAAGGCACUGGCUGGUCAGCUUCCUGGCAUCGGACGCUCCAUGUGUGUGGAGAUCUCUCUGAAGACUUCAGAGGGUGAUUCAAUGGAGUUAGAGACUUGGUGCCUGGAGAUGAAUGAAAAGUGUGAUAAAGACAUCAAGGUGUCAUAUACAGUCUACAAUCGUCUGUCUGUCCUUCUGAAGUCUCUGCUGGCUAUCACCAGAGUAACGCCUGCCUAUAAAUUGUCUAGAAAGCAGGGGCACGACUAUGUUAUAUUGUACAGGAUUUACUUUGGGGAAGUCCAGCUGAGUGGAUUAGGAGAAGGUUUUCAGACGGUGCGUGUUGGAGUCGUUGGCACCCCUGUUGGCACUGUCACACUUUCAUGUGCUUACCGCACCAACCUGGCAUUCAUGUCCAACAGACAAUUUGAGCGAUCCGCUCCCAUCAUGGGGAUCAUUGUGGAUCACUUUGUGGAUCCCCCCUGCAGCAGCCAGCGUCCAGCAAACAUGGGACAGCCCUGCAACUACAGAGCUCCAGAUGAGGAGGAUGGAGGACCGUUUGCAGGGGUUCAGGAUUCACAGGAGGUCUGCACCACCUCCUUCUCUACCUCCCCACCCUCUCAGCUGUGUACUUCCAGGUUAUCAUACCAGCCUCUAGCUCUAGCAGGAACUGCUGAGCUUUGUCACCCUGCUGCCAAUCCAAACCAGAUGUUGCAUCCUGGGAAGGAGGGCGGGGUAGUGUUGGUUCCUGCCCAGCCUGCUCAUGGAGCUGAUGCCCAUCUGACAGUAGAGCACGCCCCCAACACACCUGGCAGCAGUGGUGAGGAUGAUGGCCUGUCACAGAGUGGAGAGGGACGGAGGGAUGACGGCAGGAGGAGCGCUUCUCCCGCAGAUCCUGUGGAGUCUCUCAAUGCAUUCACAAGGAAAAUCGGAGCCUUUGUGAAUAAACCCAGCACACAGAUCACAGCAACCAGUCUGGACCUGCCAUUCGCUGCAUUUGCUCCUCGCGGCCUGGACUCAGAGGAGAAUGAUGCCAUGGUGCAGCCUCCAGACUCUCCUCCUUGCCCGUCACCCCUGCAGGCCAGCCUCCAUUCUCAGGGCUCAGAGGGAUCGGGGCCACAGGAUGACUUCGUUAUGGUUGACUUUCGUCCGGCCUUCUCUAAAGACGACUUGUUGCCAAUGGAUCUGGGCACUUUCUACAGAGAGUUUCAAAACCCCCCUCAACUGGCCAGCCUCUCACUACACAUUAGCUCCCAGUCGAUGGCCGACGACCUGGACUCACUGCCAGAGAAACUGGCCGUUUAUGAGAAAAACAUUGACGAGUUUGACGCUUUUGUGGACAUGCUCCAAUAGAGGACGAGCGAAGAAAAAGGCUGACAUGAGAGGACGAUUGCACGUGAGAAAAGACUAAAUGGGUGAUGGUGAAUGAAAGGGAGAAGCCGCCUGGAGGCUCUGUAGUUGUUUGUUAUGUCAGAAUCAGACUAAAUCACCAUGUUUUUAAUGUGAAGCUCCUCAUUUCUGACAUUGUCCUCUCUCCCCUUCCUGCCCAGCACGUUCACCUCGCUUACCAGGUUGUACAAAUUGUCUUCUCCACUGUAAAUACUGUAUUAGCUCCUCUCACACUGGCACCCACCCCGCUCUGGUCUGAUAAUCUGUUUAAACUUAAAAUCUUUGUUUUCUACGUGGCACAAAUCUGCUCUUGUCCUUGGUGUUUCGUCACAAAAUCAGAUUAACAUGUGGUUUUGUGUCGCUUUGGACAGACUCCCUGCACUUAUUGUAGUUUUAUUGAAAGUGUAGCUCACUAUAAUUGAUCCACGAUUGAACUGAUCAUAUCAGAGCUCAAGCUGGAGCAUCAGUUGAGGGACUCUAGAAAUCAAACCCACAUCUGUUGUGAAUUGGGCUUCAGCAAAGGCUUGAAAAACCUUGUCUUGGCAAAUAAAUUGCAAUGAACCUUCCAGUGGGCAGUAGUCCUUUGCAAAUGAGAGUAAUUCAGAAAUGUCCUGCUUUACAUUUCACAAUUGACAGGCCUUGUGUCGUUGAGGGUUCACUGCCUUGCUAAAAAGGCAGUGUGGACGUGACAAGUCUCAAUUACGCUAACCAGGUGUUUCCCAGCUGGUCUGGGGAUUUAAGCUGCUCACUUCAAUGUCAGCAAAUACCCCCAAAAGAGUAAAAUAACUGCUGUCCCUGUGUGCAGAGAAAAUGCGUCUUUCCACGCUGAAGCAACUUGUUGUCAACUACACUCAGUUGGCAGUUUAUAUAAAACUACUCGCUAAAACCAAUGCAAACAGGCCUGCAAUGAAUUGUUAGCGCUGUUGAAUUGUGUUACACAGAGUUGUUUCUCAUACUUCUGAGUGGACACACCUCAGUAGAAACACAGUGCAACUGGCACCACAAGCUACAGUCUCCCACAAUGACGAUUAAAACCUCAAACAGUCAUGAAGGCAGGAUUGACUGCAGGGCUGCUGCAUUGGACCGCUUUAGUUUUAAUUAUCGAAUAGACUGGCAACUGAGUGUGUUCACUGUUUUUGUUUUUUUUGUGGGGGUUGUAAAAGGUGGGAUAAACACAUUUCCAGCUGUCUACAGAAAGCCGGGGUCACCAUUCAUGACAGUUUGGUUGAAAGCUUUAAUUUAAACUUUUUGUUGCUGUUGGUCUAGAUGUCCUAAAUAAAAGCAUGGCUGCUCUGUUCAAA